GCCACAAUGCUGCUGCUCAGCCUGACCCUCAGCCUGGCCCUCCUCGGCUCCUCUUGGGGCUGCGGUGUUCCUGCCAUCAAACCCGCGCUGAACGCCAACCAGAGGAUUGUCAAUGGUGAAAACGCAGUGCCUGGUUCCUGGCCCUGGCAGGUGUCCCUGCAGGAAAGCACCGGCUUCCACUUCUGCGGUGGAUCGCUCAUCAGCCCGAACUGGGUGGUCACUGCUGCCCACUGCAAUGUCGUCGCUGGUCGCCACUUCGUUGUCUUGGGCGAGUAUGACCGAUCCUCCAACGCCGAGCCUGUGCAGGUUCUGUCGAUCUCUCGGGUGAUCACACACCCCAGCUGGAACCCCAACACCAUGAACAACGACAUGACGCUACUGAAGCUCGCCUCCCCAGCCCGGUACACGGCACAGGUCUCGCCAGUUUGCCUGGCUACUGCAAAUGAAGUGCUGCCCGCAGGUCUCACAUGUGUCACCACCGGCUGGGGCCGCAUCAGUGGUGUCGGCAACGUGACCCCAGCACGCCUGCAGCAGGUGACUCUGCCCCUGGUCACUGUGAGUCAGUGCCAGCAGUACUGGGGCUCAAGAAUCACCAACUCCAUGAUCUGCGCGGGCGGCGCAGGGGCCUCCUCAUGUCAGGGUGACUCUGGAGGCCCUCUUGUCUGCCUGAGGGGGAACACAUGGGUGCUUACUGGUGUCGUCUCCUGGGGCACCAGCAACUGUAAUGUGCGCGCACCUGCCAUGUACGCUCGUGUCAGCAAGUUUAGCGCAUGGAUCAACCAGGUCAUGGCCUCCAACUGA